AUGCAGUGUCUGCAACAGCGUUUUCGAGAAGGCGGUUUUGAUGUAACUUUAUUCAGGAUGAACGACAACAAUUCAGAAGAACCGUCUGUAGUUAACAGCAAUUUGUGCCUUAUUUGCCAGACAAAGAGAGGUAAAGAUGAUCAAAAACAUCUUUCGAAGUUGUCCAGUCAGGGUGCAACCAAGCUGGUAGAAUGUGUCGAACAACGCAAAACAGCCCACGAUUGUCAAUUCAGUGGUGCUAUACUCAGGAUUUUACAAAAUAUACGGGGUCCCGCAUGUGAAAAUAACUUCGUGACUCAUAACAAUUGUUAUGCAACAUUUACUGCAAGAAGAAAUAUCGAAACGCUCCAACAGAAAAACGACUCAAAUAUGGACAAGGCGGCCAAAACAGAUGCUAUGCCUCAGAAAGUAACAAGAUCUAAAUCCUUGAAAUUUGAUAAACUCAAAUGUAUAGUGUGCCAGCAAGACUCUAAAGAGCAUCUACGCUUAGUGAUGUCAACAAAUAUGCACAUGAAGCUAACAGAGCUCUCCAAAUAUGACUACAAGCUGAAUAUUAAAGUGAAUGCAGUUGGUGAUUUGAUUGCCGCAGAUGCCAUGUAUCAUAGCACGUGUCUUGUCAGGCUUGGCAGAGUGAAAGAUGCGAUGGAUGCGGCGACAAAAAAUGAGGACCGGAGAAACAUGCUACCAUUUUGGCAACUUUGUAAGGAACUUCGAGUUGCUGCUUCUCUCGAAAAGAUAUUGAAAUUGGACGAUGUAUGGCAGAGGUACGUCAAUCUAGCAAAGAGCUUAGACGUUGACAUCCCAGUUUCAUUUGAGUCUCGGCGAAGUUCUUUUAAAACUAAGCUGGAAGAGGAAUUGGGAGGAAUUUACCAGUUUUUCCAACCUUUAAACAGAGACGUACACGAGAGACAAAUGUUGCUCAUUCCCGUACCAGUAGGUAAAAAGGCAGCUACUGAAAACUCCUCGAACGUGGAUGAUGACUUUGAUUUACCUUCGCACGAGCCUGAUGAUUUUUUCCGUACUAUCGUACACUGUGCUCUGAAAGUAAGAGGAGAUUUGAUGGCCUUGCCGGGUCAUUGUAGUUUCGAGAUUUCCCAAGGUGCUGUAGUAAAAAUAAUUCCUGAUUCCUUGCACCUGUUUUUGGGUGUCCUCAUACAAGGUGAAGAGGUUUUAGAUUCGAUAGGUGAUGUGGCAGACGCCGAGGACAGGGACGAAGCCGGAAUCACUGAAGCAGAAAGAAGUGGCUACCGCAAUGUCCUACAAGCCGACACAAGUUUGGCAACUGUCACACUGCAGAAGUUUGACAAAGAAACUGGAGCAGUGACUCCACCAAAUUUUAAACAUAUGUCAGAAUUCGGGGAUAAUACUGUUCCGGUCCUCCAUGAUACGGCAGACAAUAUUAACCUUAUGCUUGACAGUCUUGAUGGGAAGAAAGUUUUUAAUGCGACGCAAAUGGUUGCUUUUCAACGAGAGGCUGAGCAAACUACUGAGGUUCUCAGCACUAUGACAUUAUCGAAGUCCACAACCUUACAAGUACCACCUGAAUUGAACGAGUUGUGUAGUGUUGGAACGUUCGCCAGACCAGAGCCACACUUUUUGCAUCCUGUGGAAGUUGCAUCAUUCACUACUAAUGAUCCUUUGGACUUCACUAAAAUGAACCAGCAACUCUAUUGCAAGUUGUUAGAAUUGCGAUGGAGUUCACCGGAAUUCAAAGAACGGAUCAUACUGAGAAUGGGUGGCCUCCAUAUAGCCAUGAACUUUCUCCACACAAUAGGGCAGCAUAUGGCUGGUAGUGGCCUUUCAGAAAUUUGGUUGGAAAGCGGAAUUCUCGCUGAGGGGUCAGCUACAAAAGUGCUAGAAGGUAAGGCCUAUGCAAAGGCUAUGCGAGCACACAAACUGACUUUGCAGGCGUUGUGGCGAAUACUUUAUCCACAAAUUCUUGCUUACCUCGAGGACCACCACUUUGAAGAUGAAGAAGAGUUGAGACUUAUUUUUGAUAACCCAGAAUAUCUUCGAGAUUACCUGCAGUCUUCCGAAGUUCUUUCCCACAUAACCGACUUCUUAAAGCAGCGUUGCGAAGAAGACAAGAAUUUUGCACUUUGGUGGAGUUAUAUGGACAUGGUCUUCAUCCUUCUUAUGUUGACUCGGGGAAUACGAGACGGCGAUUGGGACUGUUACCGUCAUGCUAUUCCAGAAAUAAUUCCGUACACAGCUCUGUACGACCACGGGAAUUAUCUGAAGUCAAUGACUGCAUACAACAUUGAAAUGCACCAAUUACCCCCCGAGGUAGAGUCGCAGUUUCGUUCAGGUGAAUUCGGAGUUGCUAUGUCCAGUCAGAAGUUCUCACAAGUUGAUCCCGACCACGCUCAGGAAUGGCUUGUUGGCACUUGCAAAGAUUUUUCUGGCGGUAUUGUAGGGAUAACUGAAGAUGUGCGAACUUUGCAGUGUUGGGCUUUGUCUCUGCAUUGGCGAAGUGAGAUUGCUGCAAACACCUACGCCUCAUAUGGCAUACAGAAAAAGGACACUUUUAAGGAAGAAGGAAAUUCCCGUCGCACGAGAGAUAUCUCUGAUGAAGAUGCUUUACUACGUACAAUGGAAACAAUGGAGCUGCUGUCUCCUGAAGUAUCCGAAGUUGUAUGUAACAUCGCUACGAAAGAUAGAGGCACAAGUAAAAUAUCAGAAGCUCUUCUCUGUGCCAAGAAACGUGGAAAUGAACUCGUUCAUGCGUUUGUUUCACAACGACUCAUAAAGGACCCUGAAACUGGAAAGCCAAAAUUAAGUUACUAUGCAACCGUGCCAAAAAAUAAGUCACCAACUUUACAAUACCUUCACAAAGAAAAAUCGGCCGCGGGUUCCACAGAAUUGAAGAAGGAUGGCCGAGACUUUCUCCACACUCUUGUAGUAGCUUAUGAUGCAGGUAGAAAAGUAGACUUGAAUUCUAUUCUGAGACAUGAGCUUUGCAAUGUUCCUAUAUCGUUGGCUCUUAUGAAUGGCGACUUAAGACCAGCUGAAAAGGCCUCCAUUGUAAAGGAAAUAACUAAAAAUAUAGACUGCCCGAGUUCAAUAGCAAUCAACAAAAAUUCUGCUUGUCUUAUAAUAGAUGGGAUGGCAUUCGUUCAAGCACUGGUGAGAACACUCACAGGGAAAUACUUCAGUGAUAUUGCAUGUGCUUUCAACAAGAGAAUUGAAGCCUACAGUUCCCAGUAUGAUGAAGUUCAUGUGGUAUUUGAUCGAUACCGCUAUCUUUCUGUGAAGGCAGAUACAAGAAAACACAGAGGAAAGGGUUUUGCUCCUGUACGAAGAGUAAUCAAGAACGAGGGAGUUCCCUUACCUAAGAAUUGGAGCAGCUUCCUCGCCCUGUCAGAAAACAAGGCUGACCUCGCGCGCUUCCUGAGCGAAGAAGCCAUGAAGUAUGACUUUGGCAGCAUGGAAUCUGCUCUUGGAGUUGAAGUUUAA